GAAACUUUUGGUUCAGCAAGGAUUACUACAGCAUCCAAAUGUUCAGCAAGUUCAAGAAAACUUCAGCCCAUCAAAAUAGCAAGUUUUACCUCUGGCCUGCAAACGGUGAGGAGGUGAUGUCUGGCUACUUGUACAAGUCCCCACCUAAGACUCUACUUUUAAGAUCUGUGAAAUCAUGGAAGCGGCGGUACUUUGUGCUCAGCAAGACACCUUCAAAUGAAUACCAGCUAAAGUUCUUCAAGGAUGAAAACAACAGAGAGAAACCUCAAGGGCAAAUCAACCUUUAUCAGGUUUCACUGUUUUUCCAGAACCCAGAUUCACACCCUUUGUGGUUGUGGAUACAAAGGAACUUUAGAUGCUCUGCAUCUUGUGUUCUUUAUAUGAGGGUGCAAGAUAGAGAUUAUUUCCUCAUUGGAGAAAACAGCAGUGAGAUAGAUGACUGGUUUAAUGCCAUAUUUAAGGUCCUGAACACACAUCCAACUCCAUUGCCUGACUCAGAGGAGAUGCGAAAAUUAAGGUCAAUAUCUGAGCCUACAUAUAUGCCCAGUCAUGAUAACAAAUGGUCUGGAGACCAAGAAAAGGAUUCCAAAUCAUUAUACGCCUCAGUAAGACAGUCUGCUUGUCUGUCUGACAGUCAUUAUGAUUAUCCAAGGAAUUAUAUGAUGGCAGAACCACAGUUUUUGGAAAGUGACUCUGAGGAAGAUGAUGAAAUGAAUAUAGACAAAGAAAGUCAAACAGAAGAACCACCAAGUCCCUACAUGGAUAUGGAAAGUGUUCUAAAAGGAAAUAAAGUUCCAGAGAACUCGUCCCUCCUGUGUGGCGAAGAGGCCGGUGGCUCUGCUGCUCUGAACAGGCAAAAUGUACCAGGGAGUGAAAAGUGCAUUCCUGUGAAGAAGGAAAUUUGCAUUAGUAAAGAUGAGAUGAAAAACGGUGUGAUCUUCUUGGAGGAAGAAGGCAGACUAUGUGUGUCCAACUGUAGGCAAACACUAUGCCCUGGUUUGUUCCAUGAAGGUGACCAAAUCCUGGCCAUAAAUGACCUGCUUACAGACAGUCUGCCAGUGUUGCAAACUUAUCUUAAGAGGAUUUCUAAAGACCAGGUGAAACUGACAAUCCUAAGACAGCCAGGGUCCCAACCUUUAGGUGAAAUUUACACAUAAAGUGAACUCUGCUCUGAUUCUGUGCAUCUCCCAGCCCUAUUCACUUGAUACAGUUGGAUGUGUGAAACAUCAGUCAUUGUGACUCUCUGCGUUUGAGCAAGCAGCAGUACAAUGUCUGGGAACUACAUAGACAAUUUAGUGGACCAGUGCUGCUCAGGACAAUAUGUAAUAGUUUGUUGCUUUCUUUACUGUAAUACACUUACUAAAUCUGGUCUUGGACAACUGUUGAGUUAAAAUCUUA